AAGCGUUAACCUGACAUUUGUCGCCAUGGAUCCAUGGAGAACUCUUCCAUCACGGUGACCCUGAAACGCCUCAGUGGCAAGGUGGUGCGCAGCGAUUGGCAGUGCCAAAAUGGCCGGGAAUUGCUACGAGAGCUUGAACGGCUCGAUCACACGGCAGCACGUGCCAGCUGGCUCUACAAAGGUUUCCCUCUGGAGGAGGACGAGAUUCUUCCAGCCCAACUGGAGCUACAAGAGGUGCUUCCAUGGAGGAACUGGAAGAGCUGGGAUGUUGAUGAAAAUCACAUUCAGCGGCUGGAUGGACUCGCUCAGGAUCCCUCCGUGAGAACGCAGCACUUGCGCGUGAACAAGUACAAUCCUCCAGACAUCAGCAUUCUAUGCUGUGAAGAAGAUGACUCACCAACUUGGCUCUAUGCUUGCACUUACGAGUUGGCGCUGUGUUUGACCUCCUUUGCAUGGAGACGUUUGGUCUUGGAACUCAUGGCCUUCAACGACCUCCAGUGCCGCGGCAGCCGCUUGUGCCGCGUGACGCAGCUCCAGCAGAUGCGCCGGGAGCUGCGGAAGCUGUCGGAGCUGCGGGAAAACGCGGGGAUCCACGGCGAGGGUGAUGAUUGCCUGCAAGCGACCUGGCCCUUUGGAGAGGCAUCACGGAUCGAGAUGCAGGAGGCUUUGUCAAAGAAACUGAUGAAAAACCAAGCCAAGAGAGCGGCUGAAAGCGAAGUUGACGCAGAAGUGCAGCAGAGGCUAAGAACAGACUCGGCAGACUUGCUUUGCAACUUGGCGGUGGUGCUGUUGUUGCAACCUUGGCCCACAUCCCUUGACCUUCAACGAGCCUAUGCCUUUCUGAAGCAGAGCUUGGAAAUGGAUGCCACUAUGGAUUCCCAACACUUUCUUCAACGGGCUCUUCGCCUACUUCGUUUCCAUGAGUUGGAGCCGGAUGACACGCCGGACACCGGGGCGGAUGGGGAGACCGGGGAGACGGAGCAGUCUCGACUCAGUGUUGGGUCCAACGUCACGCAUGCCACUCAGGUGGCGGCACGGCUGCAACGAGAGAAUACCAUGUUUCCAGACACGGAGGUUGAAGAACGCAGGUGCCGACAGCUACAACGGAUUUGGCUGGGAACACCCAGUGGCCGCUGGUUGUGUAAGCUGCGGCAGAAACCGCUGCUGAUUCACAUGUCCCCUUCAGCUGUACCAGAAGGUUGCCCAGAGUUGAAUACCAAGUGUGUGGAAGCCAUGCUUCACAUUUCUGACAUGUUACAUGAUGAUAUCCAUCAAGUGGGUUCGGGUCUUGCUGCUGUCACUUGGUUGCUGCUCUACUUUGGCUUGCGCCGGAAGCACCCAGCUUUCCUGGCAUUGAAGCAAGUCUUGGGCUCCAGUCCCAUGCCCAACUGUCUGCAGCUGGUGCGAGACCUGGCGGAUGAGAAGUUGGGUCCCGGUCCGCUGGGCCCCUGGAGGAACUUGCAGCUGAUGGUGAAGAUGGAGGAGUCCUUGCGCAAAGAGAAAGGUGGAGCAAGGAGGACUUUGAUGGUACUUGCGCAGCUUGAAACCUUGAUUCUGGAUGCAUUAGCAUCCAUCCGAUGCAACGAACUCUUUCAAGGCUUUCAUUAUGGCCAGGAAUUCGAAGGGCUGUGCUUCAGGCACCUUCCGAAAGCACAACUUUCCCAUGAAGAUCAGCUGGAAAUCUUGGACCGUCGAGCCCGAUUGCUGGAGAUGUUGUUGGGAACACCCCCACGCGCCUACACCCAGCAUCCCAAGACUGAGGGAACUGAUGGAGGGCUCAUGAACCGCGAGCUGACCCAUGGCCUGUUUCGAGGCCGUGUUAUGCGGCAUCAGAACUCUUUCCUAGCAAAAGAUAGCAGAUAUUCACAUCCAAUGAGAUCCAAGAAGGACUAGCAUGAUGAUGUCAAAUGGUGCAGUCAUCAUUGCCACUUGUUUUUCCAUACCCAGAACUGGAUCUCUUACAAGAUGUGAGCCUCGACUGUUGCUGCCCAAGAUGGGCGGGUUGCUUUUCAAUGUCAGAAUUCCGACAUUGGAGCAGUCGAAAGCUGGC